CUGCACUACCAUUUCACAACCGGGAAGAAAGCUAUUAGGGGUUCUUGCUUCAACAGUGUUUGAACGGAACUUCUUUCUUCGUCCCGCUUUUUUCUUCAACUAGUCUGCAUUCCGGACACAAAUAACCGUUACUACUUCAACACUACUGGAAAAGUCGACGUAAAGCUUUAUUUUUGUACCGUUUUGUUAAGAAAAACACAAGAAAACGCCAGCGAAAAAUGGAGUCCCAAGUGCGUCAGAACUACCACCGCGACUGCGAGGCCGCCAUCAACCGUAUGGUCAACAUGGAGAUGUAUGCCUCCUACACUUACACUUCCAUGGCCUUUUACUUCUCCCGUGACGAUGUGGCCCUUCCAGGCUUUGCCCAUUUCUUCAAGGAGAACAGCGACGAGGAGAGGGAGCACGCCGAGAAGCUGCUGUCCUUCCAGAACAAGAGAGGAGGACGCAUCGUCCUCCAGGACAUCAAGAAACCGGAGCGUGAUGAGUGGGGGAGCGGGCUGGAGGCCAUGCAGUGUGCCCUGCAGCUAGAGAAGAAGGUCAACCAGGCUCUGCUGGACUUGCACAAAGUGGCCAAUGAACAUGUAGACCCUCAUCUGUGUGACUUCCUGGAGACCCACUACCUGAACGAGCAGGUGGAGGCCAUCAAGAAGCUGGGCGACUACAUUACCAACCUCACCCGCAUGGACGCCCACAACAACAAGAUGGCGGAGUACCUGUUUGACAAGCACACCCUUGAGAGCAAGAGCUAAACUACUAGUCCUGAGAGCCUGGAGUGAAAAUGUCAAUGACACACAGGCUUUAAACUAAACGCAGUCUUCUGUUUCAGCUGUUCAUUCAGAGUGUAACUUCUAAUCCUCUUAAACCUAUAAGUUGACUCAUUCUCGUCUGUUCUGUUGGCAUUGCUGUUAAAUGUCAUGUGGAAAGAUGGGUAUUCAUCAGGUUAUGGCUGUGCCCUUAUCACCUACGUAUAAGCCUCUUGUGUGACAUUUAUAACAAUGAUUGUGGCUGUUUCUGAUCUGUUCUUAAUCUGAAUAAAACCUUUUUGAGCUGGA